AUGGAACAAAGAAAGACUCGGAGCGAGGUGUACGUACACCUGAACUCGCGGACGCAGCAGCAGCUGCGGGGCCCCACGCUGAAGUGCUGCAGCAGCUCAAACCGCCGCAGCAGCUCUUCCUCAAACCCUAAACCCUCGCCAAACCCUAAACCCUCGCCAAACCCUAAACCCUCGCCAAACCCUAAACCCUCGCCCUUCUCCUUGCACGCGCGACACGGCACCUCCACGCCUCCCGAACACCACUCCCCGGGGUCCGCCAUCUCCCGUCGAGGGUUUAGGGUUUUUAGGGUUUAG